CAGCGUGACAGAUUUGUUUUUCUAUUUACGAUCGCUUCCUUCCAGCAUAAGUUUAUUCAUCUGCAAUAAAUCUGAUGUUCUUUAUGAAACGACUUUGUGUAAAUCAAGGAAGAAACAUCGAUUGCCGACUCAUUACAGUGUUGGCACAGAAACAGUACGAUUAUAUUAAGUAUAUGAUUGGGUAUAACUGAUAUACGAUACUGCGAACACCACAAAAACUACCCCAUUCACAACAGACAUUAGGAGCCAUCUUUCGGCCAUUUAGAAUGUAUCCAGGAGGCUGUGCUAUUGAGCUGUGCCAGCCCGUUUGACCACUACGGAAAUACGUCAUUAUACAACAAAUUUCAGCAUUUAAAUUUUGUUUUGUCUCAAAAAAUAUGACACAAUUCUGUUGGUGUGUAGUUAUGUGUGACAAAAGUUUGUGAAGGCAUGGUUUCGUGUUGGAGUUCACAGUUUGGAGACUACGCCCAUGUACAUCUGCUGACAGAUGAGACAUGAUUCUCUUACAUGGUGUUAGGUGGUUCUGUGGACACCGCUUAUUUGUUUUCUGCUUUGGAAGCUACAGUUGCAUCUUCUAAAGAUGGUAUUCCUAGGGACAGUUUCUGUUGUGCAUGACUGAUAAAGCUAAAUUAGUCAAAUAAAAGCAAGAUGUCAGGAGGAGAACGAAAAAAGCGAACUUCUAGGGGUCAAGGAUGGGAAGAAGCUGGGGCCGAGUUUUAUCAGGAGAGUUAUCCAACUGACGUGGAUUUGGAAGUAAUGCAGCGUGACCCAUCCCGUAUUGCAACUCUUUUACCAAGCAUACAGUCUCGGGCAGCAACAAAUAAACGUGUUCGAGGAGAAGUGAAGCCCACCCUACGUCGGCGCACAUCAACACACUCGCGGUACUCUAGCACAGCUCGACGGGCCUCCGUAGCACACGACGUACACAUGGCAAUGCUGCCAGAUCUGUCAGAAAACUUGUCAAAUGAGGAACGGACAUGGGAAGAGAUCAUGCAGAUCAAAGCCAUGCCCGUGAGCAUGACACAGAAGAAGGAGAUGAAGGCCAAGUUGCAGACUGCCACAAAGCUACGUCUGCAGGGCUUCGAACAGUUCAAAUGGCAACGCAGAAAAGUCUGGCAGCAGAUGAAGGGUCGGUGGAAAGAAACAUAUAUAAAACUGGAACUCUGGCACUACAGUUUGAAGAAUAUUGAAGGCAACUUUGGAACUGGCGUUGUAGCAUACUUCCUCCUCAUAAAAUGGCUCAUGUUUCUCAACCUGCUCAUAUUUCUGUUUGUAUUGUUGUUCAUCAUUGUUCCAACAUUAGUUUUGGUGCCACCAGAAUCACCUGAAAAUACUACACUUGUUGAGGAGUGCUCAAAAAACUAUUUCAAUUCAUCAGUAGAUUCUAAUUUCCUUGACUGGCUGCAGGGUACCGGGAACAUGGAAAGAACAGUCAUGUUCUAUGGCUACUAUACAUACAUGUCGGUAAAUUCAGAUGGAGGUACACACUUCUACUACAACUUGCCUCUUGCAUAUAUUGCAGUUGCAGUAGUUUACCUCCUUGGUAGUUUGGCAGCAAUGGUGAAGUCUGUAGCACGAGGCUUCAGGCAACGCCUUGUAGAAGGGGAGGGACAGUUCUACCACUACUGUAACUUGGUGUUUGGAGGUUGGGACUACUGCAUACACAAUGAGAAGUCUGCCACCAUGAAACAUAAAGCACUAUACAAUGAAAUGAAAGCUAGUCUGGAGGCUGAGAAAUUGGAAGAAGAGCGGCAGAAUCGAUCCCGGGACGAGAUGAUUAAACUGGUGAUCAUGCGCUGCAUCAUCAACCUGAUUGUUUUGGUGGUGCUGUCUGGGGCGCUCACCCUGAUCUACUACACAUUUUAUUUCUCCCAGGAAAAGCUGAACGAAGACCUCCAGAAUCCAGACACAGAACUAGAACAUUUGUACAGGUUCAUUCUGGAAUUCCUACCUUCCAUCACUAUAGUGGGUCUGAACCUGCUGGUGCCAAAUUUGUUUGCAUACCUGGCGUCAUUUGAACGGUACAGCCCGCUGUUCAUAGUGCAGAUCACACUGCUACGGACAGUUCUGCUGCGUCUUGCCUCUCUCAUCAUGUUGAUGUUCUCACUAAAAGACAUCAUCAUCUGUGACGAGCCAGAUGACUGCAGUUGCGAGAACCAUCCAGUGUGCUGGGAGACAUAUGUUGGCCAGCAAGUUUACAAGCUGGUCAUCUUGGACUUUGUCACUCACAUUCUCAUCACAUUCACAUUCAAUUGGCCUCGGAUGCUUAUCGCUAAGUAUUCGAAAAGCAAAGUUGCAAAGUUCAUUGGCGAGCAGGAAUUUGAUCUGCCAAAACAUGUUCUGGACGUGGUAUAUAGCCAGACUCUGUGCUGGCUUGGCAGCUUCUAUUCCCCCAUCCUGCCACUUGUAGCAGUGCUGGAGUGUUGCCUUCUUUUUCAUAUAAAGAAGUUUGCCUGCCUGGUGAAUAGCAAGCCUUCAUCUACUGUAUACCGUGCAUCUCGCUCCAACUCCCUUUUCAUGGUGGUGCUGCUCAUCUCAUUCAUUGUUGCAGUGCUGCCAUUGGCAUUUGCCAUUGCCGAAAUUGCCCCUUCCAAGUCCUGCGGACCUUUCCGAGGACAUCUGACUGCAUGGUCUGUGGUGGUAGACUCAUUUGACGAACUGCCAUUGUGGAUCAAAUCAAUUUUGUUCUUCUUUGGGACAGCUGGCUUUGCAGUACCAGCAUUUAUUGUACUAGUCCUUUGCUUAUACUACUACUAUGCCCUUUCGGCAGCCAAUAAACAGAUGAUGAUGGUUCUGAAGAAUCAGUUGGUGCUGGAGGGUCAUGACAAACAGUUAAAAAUCAGUGCAUUCAUCAAACAGCAACAGGAGCACCAGAAAGCUAUGCGGCACAUUGAAAUGACCAACCAUGACCUUUCCAAUGCCACUUAAAAUUGAUCUGUUACGUGGAUAUUUCGGUGUAGGACUGGUGAGGGCUAUGGAAGCAGCAAGAAAAUGAAAACUAAUAUUCAGCCUGAUUAUUAAGAUAAAUGGUAGGGCAGAAGAAAUUUAAAUGCAAGGCACAAGAAAAACUGUAGUUUUGCACCAUUAUCACUUUAGUUACUAGUGAGAGAAAACUCUAGAUAAUAAAACACUUGCCCAUCAUAAUGAAGAAACAGGCCAUAGUCUGUCACUCUGAAAUUAUCUGUCACUUUAUUUGAAGGCUUACACACAUUUUUGAAAAAUAUUUAUUAAAAGUUCACCUAUCAAAACAUAUUUUAGACACCACUAUGCAUUUUAUGAAUUUCUUUGUUACCUUGAUUAUUUUAGACUGGUUUCCAAACUGUAAAAGAAUUUCUUGGAGCUAUUCACGCUACCUGCGUGUUUGUCCGUCCCUUACCCACAACCAUCAACUCUCCGGCUAAACUGUAUGUGACGGUUAUACCAUUUGAGGUCACAAAGUACAAUAUUUUUAAAUUCACUUUUUCCAGUGCAGAGCUAUACCUCCUCUCACCCCAAACGCCUACAUGGCGUAUAGUGGGACAAACUUUACUUUACUAGUAACACUAGUGCCAUUCAAGGUAAGAUACCAUAAAUAUAUUUGAUAAGAGGUUUGACAGAAAACACACAGCUGUUGUUAAAAUAGAAAAUAACAAUAUAGUGGGUACUCAAAAAUAUUUUUGAUUUGAUGACAACAGGUGAAUCAUUAGAGCUAAGCCUGUGAGGUUUGGGAUGAAACGUGUAUGUGUGUGUCAGAGAAACAUUUUCACAGCAAGUAGAUACCAGCCAUUUUAAGUCAUGUCUCCCACAAUCUACUUGUUGAAACACUGUAAAAUAUGUUGUGGAAAUUAUGUUUAGAGUCAGUGUCCAAAUACCAGAGUAUGAGGCUUGCUACAUGUAAUGUGGGUGGAAACAAAUGGGCCACAUCCCAUUAGACUUUUCUGUCAGUCAUAGGGUUCCCACUGUCUGCAACAUCUGCUUCUCAGCUAUAAUUUUUUUCAUUUCAAAUUUCCGCAUAACUAUCCUUUAUUGAAAAACUGUAUAUAACUUUAUAAUUCCAUGGCCUUCACUGUGGAUUUAAAAUAUGAACUUGAAGAUUUAAUGAUAGAAUAAAGAUAACACUAAUGCAAAUGAAGAAACGUUACUUACUGCACUGUAAACAGACUUGACACUAUAGAUGCAGCACUGGUCAUUUCCCACUGAUCUGUUCAUAUUCUUUAAAUAGUUUGCAUUUCUUCCUGCAUUUAAAGUUAACAUACACCGAUAAUAGAUUUUUCUGUUCUCCUAGAAACUGAAGUUAAAUGCAUAGAAGUAUCAAAUGUUAAUAUAAAACAUGACCAUACCGAAACACUACAAAACCUUUCAUUCUGCAAGCAGAGCAAAAGUAGUGGCAUCUGGAAAUUUAUAUCACUUUAGCUAGCUACAACACUGAAACAUUAAAUUGAAUUUAAUAAUUUCAGAAGCAACAGCACCCAUUUGUUUCCCACAUGUAGCAAAUUAGUGAAGUCUCAACUGGUGUGACUAUGUGAUACAGGGUAGGCAUCAUGACAAUACCAGUGUGAUACUUUAUGAUCUGUCUUUUAAUUUGUCUGUGUGAAGACAAACAUGGUGCUUAUAGUGACUGGUUAGAAUUCAUAAGGCUUACAGCAGAAAAAGAAAAAUAUGAUGUUUUGCCAAUGAAUGAAACUUUAUGGUUUGAAAUGUAAGCCACGUAAUAAUGUAACUUAACAAGCAUUGGGAUGAACAGGACUUCAGUGCCAAUGGGACCACAACAGGGCUAUAAGAGGAUGUAAAUGACAAAGAAUAUCUUCUUACUUUUGCAAAAAAUGAAACCAGAAGAAACAAUCAUUACAUGUCAGCAGAGACCAUUUAGUCAAGUUGUUGCAUUGGUUAAAUAUUACUGAAUGUAGUUAGUACUUUCUUUUUCAGUGUAACAUUCCAAGGUACCCCUGUUUUCCAGUGCCACAAUUUUAUAUUUAUUUGGACAUAUCUCCAUUAUUGUAGGUGUCAAUGAGCCAGACCGUAGCUGCUAUAUAAAGAAAUCCAACAGAAUACUGUAGAAAUCACAGUAAUGUCGAUCAUUUUUACUAAAUUUUAUAUAAAUUUAAAAGUUUUGAUAUUAUCCUUAGCAUAAUUUUGAUAUACAGAUAUCGGUGUAGUCACUGCAGCAUCAUGAAUAUUUGAAGCCAAAGAAUGAAAGAAGCUUGUGAAAUAAUUGGCUGUGAAAUACUGUGCUUAUUGUUAGUGGAAUUGUAUACAUGUUGUAGUAAAGACGAUGUAUGUACUAGUGUAGAGUCGUGCAACACCAGUGUUGUCUCCUUGGUAGCACAGCCAUCAACAGAGCCCUCAUGUUUUCUCGGCUUUAUGCCUCACAAAACAGGCAAUUAUUAUUCAUGUCUGACGGAGUCACAUGACAUUUACCCUUGUGUCUACUUCGCUGCUGGAGAUGUAUCUAUACAUUUUGUGCUGUUAGUUGUGAAAAUGUUUUGGUAUCUUUCUUGUGUUGAAUGCUCCUGUAUAAUGAUACUUAGAAUAGUGAACUAACUCUUGUGGUGUGCUGUGCUACCAGUCAAGCCAUUGUAAUCUUUACAGAAAAUAGAAAUAGUAAUGUAAUCUAAAGCACUCUUUAGAGUUCUGCCACCUUCUUUAAUGUAGCAACUUUUAUCUAUCACUUUCUCCGCAGAUGAAUGCUGAGAACAGGUUCAGAAUGGCCUAGACGAGUUUAGACAGGGUUCUAUGUUCAUGUUGGCCUUGAUUUACAAUUCAGAGUUAUACCAAAGAGAAGUAUCCAGUAACAAGAAUUGCUGACAAUGGUCAUGUUCAUCAUUCAGUUGAUGACCUGACCGCCUUUUCUCUUUUGAGAUUCGAACCGUGUAAGGACUUGCUUUGAUACACUUACACAGAACAUUUUUCUUCUUGUUACAUAUGUCCAUUUUUGCAAUGGUGCAAAUGUGUCUGAUAAAUCAGUGGCAUCUGAUGUGGAAAAAGGUACAUAUUAGUGAUUCAGAAUGAGGUUCUAUAGAUUCGGACAAAGUGAAAAUUUUGUGCAUGAUUGUGUGCAAAUUAACUCGUUACUGAAGAACAAUGAAAAUGAACAGAUUGAGAGUGGUAACAGUGAUAAGAGAUCUCAAAUAGGAAAGGCGUGACAAACUGUAGGGGACAAGGAAUCUUUUAUUGGUGAAUUUGGGCUACAGGAUGCAGAAAAGGACAUACAAAAUUUUGAUAAUCAUUUAGCAGAGGUCAAAACAGUUUGGAAAUAUUUUUUCAGUAAUUUGUGGAUAAUACAGUUAUUUAUAACACCCAUUAUACAGAAUAUUUAUAAAAUCAAAGGGGGUGUACAUUCAAACCCAAUAUUUGUAGUGUUCUUGGAAACCAACGAUAGUAAAUGAAAUGUAUGAAGGUA